UACCUUUAAAUCCGUUGCCUGUAAUGACAGCAGUCACAAGGAUGACCGUGAAAGAGUUCUGGCAAGGCCGGAUGCCUGCUCUGUACCUCAGAGAAAUGCGGGGUAUGAAAGGGUGCGGGCUUGCCAGAGAAGUCAAGGACGAGGGAAAUCUGUGGAAUCUUUUACAGCCGCUUUGCAGGCCUUGGCAGAAAGUUCUGAUUUGAAGGCUAUAAAACAUGAAGAUAUCAGAGGUAGACUGGUUAUUGGUCUUGGAGAUAAAAACACCUCACAGCAGCUAUAAUUAAAGACCGAUUUGACCUUAUACACAGGCUAACUACAAAACCCUUCAGACUAAAUGCACAACAUAUGGAAAAAGUCAUAGCCCAUGAGAUUUGUGUUCAGCCAAAGGUGCAAGAUGUAACAAAUACACAAAAUAUGGACACUUUGCAGGCGUUUGCUGUACUGAGGCAGUCAAGAGCCAUUAUUUCUGGGCUCUAUCAAGUGUGAUGACAGACCCUGCCUAGAGAGUGAAACUGAAUAUCCAUGGAAAGACCAUUGAGCUUAAAAUUGACUCAGGAGCAGAUGUGAAAGUCAUGCCAGAAGGGAUGUAUAAUCACCUUGAAGUCCUCCCAGAGCUGAAAUCGCUUGACACAAUCCUGACUAGCCCUGGAGGUACUGUGAAGUGUAUGGACCAGUUCACCAUAGAAACAACUUACAAAGACAAAAGCUUUGCAUUCAGAGUGUAUAUGAUCAAAGGACCAAACACCAACAACCUUCUCAGCUGCAGCAUGGAAGCCAUGAUGGGCCUAAUGAGAAAAGUGGCAGAACUUCUUGGAGUAUUUGGUAUUGGAGUUUUGGAAGGAGUCUGAGUAUAAAUAACGUUAAGAGGCAGUGUUGAAAUAUAUAGUGUAUGUACACCUGUGAGGAUUCCUAUGAUGUUGCUUCAUAAAGUGGAAACUGAGUUCAAGAGAAUGGAAUAGAUUGGCUUAAUCGAGAAAAUCUCUGAGCCAACAUCAUGAUGUACACAGUGGUACCAAUUAUAAAGAAAAAUGGAAAAAUACAAAACUUUGUGUAGAGCCUUAUGAAAUCGGCAUUAAUGAGAACAUGGAUGGAAUCAUAAAAUUAAAACAAUAACAUGGAAUCCAGGCUCUCACCGGCAUUAGGACCACAGUGGCAGGCAGACAGGGCGGGCUGCAUGGCUGAGCUACGUGCAGCCACUGGAGGGUGUUUGAAGUUAAUUCACAUGUCAUCGGAAAACUCAGCCAUUACUGUUCGCCUGGUUCGCUCCUUUGAGCACCGUAAUUUCAGACCUGUGGUGUAUCAUGGAGUUAACUUGGACCAAACUGUAAAGCAGUUCAUUACAUUUGUAAGGAAUGAUGUGUCUCUAAGAACAGGACUUCCACCUCCCUUUAAAAAAUACAAAUAUGAUACAAUGAAGAUUAUUCACCAAGCACAUGGAUCUAAGACCAAUGAACUUGUAGUGAGUUUGGAGGAUGAUGACAAACUCAUUUUAAAAGAAGACAGCACUUUGAAAGCAGCCGGAGUAGCAAAUGAAACUGAAUUAGCGUUCUUCUGUGAAGAAGAUUACAGAAACUACAAAGCUAAUCCUGUUUCGGCCUGGUGACGAUCCCAAGAGAGCUGGGUUUUUUUGUUUUCUCAUACCCGUUUAAAACUCUUUUUUUUUCUGUUUAAUGAGAUUUUUUUUUUAAUCAAUAAAUCCUAGAGGAUUGCCUCACAAAUGCA